CGUACAUCAUGACCGCCACAAGCUCUAAUCCUGCUGAAGAGAACUAUGGAUUCCCUCAAGGCUAUUUCAUCAUUCGCUCCGUGGCGAUGAACAGGCUGCUCGACGUUGCGCAAGAUUCUCACGAGGACGGCAAGGAGAUCAUAUUAUGGCCCUCGAAGGAGACUUCCCUUGUUGAGACUUUGAGGAGCCCGGAAUCUAACAAUCAGGUGUUCUUCAUCGACACCGCCGGCGCUCUCUGCUCGCGGGAUUCGGGGCAUGCCCUCGAUGUAGAAGACGGCCGCCUCGUCCUUCGUCACAGGCGCCCGAUCUCCCACCCGUUCCCCAACGCGUACUCCCACCCCCUCCCCCACUUCCACUAUUCCGCCGAGACGGGCGAGAUCAUGGUCAAGUACGAGGUCGACCCUGCAUACCCCGAUACCGACACGCACGACACGACGUGGCGUCACAAGGCGUUCCACCUGACCGCGAUGCCGAUGCGCAAACCGCGUACCUUCCUGGACGAUGCGUCGGAGAAGCUCUCGUCUGCCAUGAAAUACCCGAUGGCCCUGUUCUCCGGCGGCGCGCCGGCGUCGUCGCCGCCGCCAGUCCCGAGCAAGGUGAGCGAGGAAUUCGACUUGAGGGAAGACGAACUCGAGGAGCAGGAUCGCGGGGAGGAGGCCGAGGUCGACGACUCGCCGGAGCCGAUCAGGAAGGUGCGCGUGAUUGGGACGACGAGGUCACAGGCGGAGGGGCUGGGGGAGACCGCACGGAAUCGUAGGCUGUGGAUCGUUUCGCCCUUGAGGAAGACGUCCGCGAGGAUUAUGGGAUGAGAAGUGGUGGUCUGCCUCGUCAAGUGGACUCUCGAAGUGCCCGAACGCGUUCUAUGUAGUUAUAUGUGCUGUACAGUAUACCAUCGAGUUCCAGGAACAUUUGGGAUCUCCAGG